AUGUGGAAUGGGCGCCGCCUAUCGGCUCGGGCGGGCGGCGUGGAUCAGUUUAGUGGCUGCAUCGCCGCCACCGCCACAGGAGCGGUAGAGCGGUACCUUGCGCGCGCGCAUAACACGGUGGCGGCGCCGGCGCGGGAUGCGCUGCCAUGCCGGUACGACACCGCGAGCUCGGCGACGAGAUCGCACCCCGAGCCGAAGCGCUGCAGACACUGCGACGAGAGCCGAUCGUCGUGCGGCGGAGGCGGCGGCUCCGAGGGCCCGGAGGGGCGCGCGUCGUGGCGCGUCACGCUGGACCACGACCUUGUGGAAACGCUGAGCGCCAUCUACCCCGAGUGGUUCAAGCCGCAACACAGACGCGAGCGCAGCCGCGCCGCCUCGCCUGCCUCGCCCGCCUCCACUGCCCCCACCUCGCCGGGAACGCCGGCCACAUCGCCGAACGACGACACGUUCAGUUCGGGCGCAGAGGAAAUGGCUAGCCGCCAGGCGGGCGGCGGCGAGCCGGCAAGCUCGCCGCCGCGCGUGUCGCCGCCGAAGGUGGUCGUGGACGACAGCCCGCUGCAGCCAGCCAUGGGCAAGCAUAAGGAAUCUUUGAAGGUGAAGCUGAUGAUGAGGAGACCCAUCAACCAACUGGUGGCGCAGGGGAUCAUGCCUCCACUCAAGACGCCACCAGCCUACUUCGAACAGUCGAAGCAACUAGAAAGAGCCAAAACAGGAGAUCUGCUAAAAGCAAAAAUACAGCGGCGACCUGACCGCCAAGAACUUGAGAGAAGGCAUAUUUUGGAACAGGAGAGCCAUGUGGACCCGAGCCUCGCGGAGAAGCAGCGCAUGCUCAAGAAGGCGCGGCUCGCGGACGCGCUCAACGACCAGCUGUCGCACCGGCCCGGCCCGCUCGAGCUCAUCAAGAAGAACAUCCUGCACACCGAGCAGGACAUCGAGACCGCCGUCAAGUCCGGCACGCUCGCCUUCCGCGCCACCUCCGAGGGCGCCUCCGGCCGCCCCGAGCACCCCUCCUCCUACUGCGGGCCCGACGACUCCUCCCCUUCCCCCUCGCCGCCCUGCCUGCUCUCCCCGGCGCCCUCGCCCUGCCCCGCCAGCACCGCCGCCGCCGCGCCCGUGCAGCACCCCGCGCCCGGCAAGGCCGACAAGAACCGCAAGAAGACCAAGCAUAAGCAGCAGCAGCCUAAGGCGCGCUUCAAAUUCCACGAAUACAAAGGCCCCCCGAAUGCCCACAAGGCGCCCUCUCCACCGGACUCGACCGAGACGCCGUACGAGCUGCUCCUCCAGCAGCAGCAGCUCCUCCUGCAGCUGAUGCCGGCGUCGCCGGCGCCCUCCUCCGCGUCGGUCGCGUCGGACUCUUCGGACGCGUACUCGACGGCGCCGCCGCCCCCGCCGCCGCCGCCGACGCCGCUGCACGUGACCCUCCAUCACUUGCCGACGCGGUACGAGGACAUGAAGGUGUCCGACCUCCGAGCGGAAUGCAAGCGGCGCAACCUGCGCGUCUCGGGGCCGAAGCCGCAGCUCAUCAGUCGCCUGCGACCGUUUUUGCUAGAGAAGGGCGAGGAACCCCCUCGGUCGCCGGCGUCCGUCGCGUCGGUCGCCUCCGUCGCCUCGCCCGAGUCGCGCUCCGAGCCGGAGCCGGCGGAGGACAUCGUGCAGUCCCAGCGGAGACAGAUCGAGGAGCUCGAGAGGAAGCUGGAGGCGUCGCGCCAGCAGCUGGAGGCGGUGCGGCGCGAGGCGGCCGGCGCGGCCGCCAGCGACCAGAGCCGGCGGCUGCUGCAGGCGCACCUGUGCGUCACGCAGCUGCGCGCGCAGCUGGACGCGCUGCAGCAGCCGCCCCCCGCGCCCGCGCAGCCGCCGCCCUCCGCGCCCGCCGCUCCGCCCGCGCCGCGCUACGUGCUGGCCGCGUCGGACGCCACGCCCGAGCGCCUCGUGCGCCUCUUCACCGUGGCGCAGCCCGCCGCCGCGGACGUGGUCGACCCCGCCGCCGCCAAGACCGCCAACUACAUCCUGAACGGCGUCAAGGUGGUCCCUAUCGCGAUUUUACCCUCGCCGCAUUAUGAACCCGAACGCGCCGCUGUGCCGCCUCCCCCGCCGCCGCCCCCGCCGAUGCCGCUUCCGACGCUGCACGACCGCAACGAGGACAUGGACGACGUCAUCGAGCUGCUGGUGGAAAAUGGCGAGUUGCCACCGUCGGUAGUGGGCGCGGCGGAGAAUCAGCCGAUGCGGACCGAGUUCUUGACCGACAGUGCCGACGCGUUCUCCCCGGCCGAAGUUCUCGGGGACAGUCGGACGCGAGAUUCGCUCGCCGCCGACGAGCUGCAGCGGGAGCUCAAUGACAUCCAGAACGAGAUCAUGAACCACGCGGACCUUCACGCCGUCAACGGCAAUCGCUGCGAUAUAGACUCCACCGCCGCCGACAUCGACCCGGAACUCAGCGUGGAUCUACUGACGAACAAUGAUUUCCAUCCCGACUUCAGCUCCGACCCCACCUCCGGCGACCACGACGACUUUUUCGGUCUGCUGUCGGGCGAGACGGACCACGCGGACGAAAACUCGCAGACCGCGAUGGACAUCGGCGAGGACCCGCCCGAGCGCAUGGCGAUGACCCCGCUCACCAACGGCGACAUCCUCGACCACACGAGGACCGGCUUCGAGGACAUGGACGACCUGUCGCUGCCGUCGUUCCAGGAGGACAUGAUCCAGGAGCGGGCCGUGCGAGUUCGACCUGAAGGAGUUCGGGAUCGACAUCGGGUCGAACAUGACGGUGGACGGGGACGCGUACGACUACAUGGACACGGAGCUGAUCCCGAACCUGUUCGGGCGCGGGCACGUGCCGCAGCGGGACCCGCUGCUGGGCGCGGUGCUGUCGCGGCCGCCGCCGCGGCCGGCGCGCAAGCACUACUCGUGGGACCGCAUCGAGUACGACGCCACCUGACCCCCCGCGAGCCGAGUGUUGUCGCCGCCGCGCGCCCGCUGUGACGCGCCGAGCGUCCCGCAUCUCAUCGUCAAUGUGGGCGCCGUCGAAUGCCUUACUCGAUAGUCUAAAUCUAAUUUUAUCAUUAAACUAAAUUUAUGCGCGUUCGGUGUCGUUUAAAAUUUAUGAUCUCUAGUAGUCGGAGUGACGUCGCAAAGUGAAGUGUGACGCUGAUUAUAUUCGCCGCGUAGCGACCCGCGCUAGUCUCCGGUGACCCGGUCCUCCGGGAUCGGGGCCUUAGUAUUGACUAGAUUAGGGAGAUGUUCGGUGAUGUUUGAACACAUAGUGUUGGCAUCGAUAGUUAGUUGUAGACUUUGGUGUUUUGUACUUAACAGUUGAGGCGACUCGUUUGUACCGCUAGUUGUUAAUAUAGUCUUAUUAUUCAUUGUGUCGUUAUCUAAGCGUCGCCGUCAUCGCCCGGCGCUCGUCCGUAUCGAAUCCAUUCUAUGUACUAGUGUGUAUAGGCAUUGUCUACUUAUGUAUAUAUUGAAAGUAUAAUGUAAUAAUACUCAACAUAGUUGUGGAUUUCUGCAUUCCGCCCGAUGACUUAAAACAUAAGGGAAAUUUAUCAUUAGGAAAGAUGUUUCUGUCGAGGCACUAACGGUCGAUAUUCGAGACACCUGCUGCGUACACAUCGCGUUAAUUAUUAUUUAUUUAAUAUACAAAUUGAUGUUCUGUUAGUCAACAAAAAAUGCUGUAUGAUGUCUAUGUCGUAUGUAAAGCUAUUUCCCAAAACAUUGUAUGACAUUCCAGUCUUGUUGAAGUGCAACUUGCAGAGCUUCUACUGUAGCAUCUGUCAACAAUAUAAGCAGCGGAACCAAUAUUCGUGCAAUAAUUUGUCUGGACAUAUUUGUGACAGUAAGUUAUUGGGAGAGAGUUUGAGAAUUGCACGUUAACAAGCCAUCGUCAUGGGUGGGACCAGCUCGGGAACAAAAUUAGAUACGAAUCAUUUAGUUAAAGGACGGAGCCGGCUCCGCGCAAACUAACAAUUACACGGCAGGCCAAGGCAAGAGUUAUUGAACAUCAUUUUCUUCCUUUAAAACUUCGCGUAAUGCAAACAAUCCUUUUUCAAGUUAAGCCAGUAACAGAAGCGGCUGCGCUAUGUUAUAUACUAAAAUCUCGAGCCUUGUUUUAUUGAUAAAAGUCGUGACGCGUAAUUUUAUCACUUCCGUUCGCGUAGUCGUUUUUGUAACUGCCUGAACAAAAUUAAAUUGUUAUUACAAUUUAUUUUAUUGGAGAAUGUAAUCAGCAUUGUCCUAACCAUAUUGGUUUAACUAAAAGGAUUCUUACGUAAACAUUACAUUCUUGAAAAUAUAUCAUUCCAAUUAAUUAUUGUCUAAAGUGUAGGAUAGGUAAACCAUUAUGAGUAAGUAAGUUGCUGUUUGAUUGAGCUGCGAAGGCGGUAUUGUACAUUGUUUCUUCAAAUCCCUCGCCUGUUUGUGUAAUUGUUUGAUUGCAUUAUUUAUAAUUAUUUAUUUCAUUAUUGAUGGUGUACCGUUUGUUUUGAUCGGGUGUGUUCAUGAAGUGCGAGGUCUUCACUAAUUUAUUUGUGUUAUAUUAACGAUAUAGUUACGUUAUUGUCAUAAUCCUAGUGUAAUCAGAACAAGAGCGAAAGGAAACAUAGUUUUAUAAAAGUAAUUUGCCAUUAAUUGCAUUUAUGUAUAUGUUAUCAGAAUACCUUUAGAACAACGAAUGUGGCAUCACUGCCCACUUGUGCCAAUCUGUUCAAAUAAUUUUAGAUUCAUCUUCCGCUUUGUGAUAUAUAUAACAUGCAUAUAAUCUAUAUUUAUAUACAAAUUAUAUAACCUAAUCUGGGCUUUUUCUGCACUUACAAAUAUUUAGAGAUUGGUCUGAUUUUAUUGAAGCUGGUGGUUAAAAUAUGUG